AUGGCUUUUCAAUCUGCGAAGCGCGACCUGCGCAAAAGGAUGAGAUUGGCUCUGUCGAGUCUAUCUGCAACUGCUAUAACUCAACAAUCAAUCUCCGCAACAACCAAGUUCUUGUCACUGGCCGAGUAUCAGAACGCCAAAAGUAUCGCAGUAUACUUGUCUAUGCCCAGUGGAGAGCUUUCUACAGCUGGGAUUGUACAUGAUGCUUUAAAAAGUGGGAAACAAGUUUACAUCCCAUAUAUUCAUACCAAGGACAAAACGUCCGUCAUGGAUAUGCUUGCACUCGGAUCCACGGAGUUUGAAUCGUUACAACCAGAUAAAUGGGGAAUCCCAUCACUUCAAGCUACACAGAUUGAAGGUCGGCAGAAUGGUUUGACACAGGGGUUGGAUCUUAUUGUGAUGCCGGGCAUGGCCUUUGACCAUGAAUUUCGACGCCUCGGUCAUGGCAAAGGAUAUUAUGAUCAUUUUUUAACGCAAUACUCAAAACAGACCAGCAAAAUGCCAUUCCUUGGUAAGAAAUCCCAGAAAUCCGUGUAUUUCCCCGAACUGAACUCCAUGGUAGUUGCGCUCUCUCUCCAAGACCAAUUGCUCUCCGAGGACAUUCCCGUGGUGGAGCAUGACUGGUUGGUCGAUGCGAUCGUGGUUGGCGAUGGUCGAUGCUUGGUUCGUAGUGCAACUUGA